CAAGAUAUUCUUUUCGUGUGUUAUGUUAAUGUUUUAUCAGAAUAUUAACUGUGAGAGUUGCGUUCCCACGGGGGUGAAGUGUUUUAAGUUUUUUUUUUUUUAUCCAUUAUAAAAACAAUUCUGAGCAAAACUGUUAUUUGUACCUGCCGGAUGUUUAAGCAGCGCUGAGACUCUACACAGGUUGCAACAUUUAAAUGUUCAAACGCUUCAGUGUAGCUGUUUUUCUAAGGCGUAGAAUACUUCAGUGCUCAUUUUUCCCAAGGUGUAGAACGCUUCAGUGCUCAUACUUUUCCAAGGCGUAGAACACUUCAGAGCUCAUGCUUUUUCAAGGCGUAGAACGCUUCAGUGCGCAUGUUUUUCCAAGGAAGAGAACGCUUCAGUGCAUAUAUUUUUCCAAGGAGGAGAACGCUUCAGUGCACAUAUUUUUCCAAGGCGUAGAACGAUUCAGUGCUCAUAUUUUUCCAAGGAGGAGAACGCUUCAGGCUCUUGCUUUUCCAAGUAGUAGGACACUUCAGUGCGCAUGUUUUUCCAAGGAGGAGAACGCUUCAGUGCACAUAUUUUUCCAAGAAGUAGAACACUUCAGAGCUCAUGUUUUUCCAAGGCUUAGAACGCUUCAGAGCUCCGACCUUCGCUAGGCUUAAAACUCUUCAUUGUUUCAUUGUUUCUAAGCUGUAGAACGCAUCAGAAUUUCAACCUUCUAGGGUACUAAAGAACACUUCAGUAUUCCAGUCGGUCACUACACUGCUAGAAUCUCGGAGAUUCUUGCAUGCUUCAGAGUCAACUCUUCGAAGUGAAUCGUGCGAGUGAAUCGAACCACCUUUGAAACAUAAUGAACGGUUGUUCGAAACGAAGUGGUUCGCUGCGAAUCCCCGCCGAAGAUGGAGCGGACGACAAGCCGAUCAUGGUAGACAUGAAAGAGAUGAGUGGCUACGAAAGGAAUUUGUACCUCUACUCGGAGGAGAUGGUUGAGCGGCCAAGGGUGUCUAUGAUGAUCAAUUCCCUGGCUAACUACAAUGCCACGAUCCCCUCCGCGGUCGAGAUGGACGCCAGCAAAUCCAAGCCGGCAGCCAAGCUCGGUACCGUCAUGGGCGUCUAUCUGCCAUGCAUCCAGAACAUCUUCGGCGUCAUCCUCUUCAUCCGUAUGCCCUGGAUCGUCGGAACGGCUGGAGCCGUCUUGGCGUUCACCAUAGUCUUUAUUUGUUGCUGUACGACCUUUUUAACUGGAAUUUCCAUGUCUGCCAUCGCCACAAACGGUGUCGUUCCAGCGGGAGGCUCGUACUUCAUGAUUUCCCGAUCCUUGGGGCCAGAGUUUGGAGGAGCGGUAGGCCUCCUGUUUUAUAUAGGCACUACGGUUGCCGGUGCUAUGUAUAUCAUUGGAGCUAUUGAGAUCCUUUUAACUUAUAUGGCACCGGUGUUAUCGAUAUUCGGCGAUUUCACGAAAGACGCAAAUAUAAUGUACAAUAACUUCAGAGUCUACGGAACCAUUCUCCUGUGGAUCAUGUGUACCAUCGUCAGCAUCGGCGUCGCUUUCGUCAGCAAAUUUGCUGCCAUUGCGCUAGCUUGUGUCAUAGGUUCCAUUAUUGCCAUCCUUGUUGGGGUCUUUGUCAACAUCAAUGGGUCUGAGAAAUUGCAGAUGUGUAUACUUGGAGCCAGAUUGCUAUCUCAAGUCCAGAAUUGCAGCAAAGAACCUGACGGUGAUAUGUGGAACAUUUAUUGUGCAAAGGGUAAUGGAUCUGUGGCCACUAACAUCACUGACUGUGACCCUUACUUUAGAGACCACAACACGACUCUUCGUCCAGCUAUAUUGGGAUUAGCUUCCAGUGUAUUUACCAAAAAUUUGGGUUCUCACUUCAUGGAAAAGGGUCAGGUUAUUGCAGAUGGUGAUAAUCCUGAUGACUACGAAGCCCUCAAUAAUCCAACAUACAAUCAAGUCAUGAUUGAUAUCACCACAAGUUUCACCACCCUUGUUGGAAUUUUCUUCCCUUCCUGCACUGGUAUCAUGGCCGGUAGCAAUAGGUCAGGAGAUUUGGCUGAUGCACAGAAGAGCAUUCCAGUGGGUACUUUGGCAGCCAUCGUAACUACUUCCAUAGUUUAUUUAAGUUACUUGCUGCUAUUUGCUGGUUCAUAUGACGUCAUACUGAUGCGAGAUAAGUUUGGCCAAAGUGUAGGUGGUAAACUGGCUAUAGCUUCCAUUUCAUGGCCAAAUGAGUGGGUCAUCCUGGUAGGAUCUCUCCUUUCAACCAUGGGAGCAGGCCUUCAGUCACUCACUGGAGCACCAAGAUUAUUGCAGGCUAUUGCAAAAGAUGGUAUAAUUCCAUUUUUGGCACCUUUUGCUGUUGCCUCUGCUCGAGGGGAACCAUUAAGAGCUCUUCUGAUAACUGGGGGUAUCUGCCAAAUUGCCAUCCUGAUUGGUAAUCUUGAUUACAUAGCUCCAAUUCUCUCCAUGUUUUUCCUUAUGUGUUAUGGUUUUGUUAAUCUUGCAUGUGCUCUACAAACAUUACUUCGCACACCAAACUGGAGACCAAGAUUCAAAUAUUAUCAUUGGUCAUUGUCAUUCAUUGGUUUGUCCCUCUGCAUAACAGUCAUGUUUAUGACUUCAUGGUACUAUGCAUUAAUAGCUAUGCUACUUGCUGGAAUCAUAUAUAAGUACAUAGAAUUCCGUGGUGCUGAGAAGGAAUGGGGAGAUGGCAUCAGAGGUAUUGCUCUCUCAGCAGCAAGAUACUCCUUGCUGAGACUAGAAGAAGGUCCUCCUCAUACCAAAAACUGGCGUCCUCAGAUUCUCAUUUUAGCAAAAUUGACAAAGGAUUUGGUUCCAAAAUACAAGAAACUCUUCACAUUUGCAUCACAGCUAAAGGCUGGUAAAGGUUUAACGAUAGCUGUGUCUGUCAUUGAGGGGGAUUAUACAAAGAGUUGUGGAGAGUCACUUGCUGCACGUCAGAGUUUACGCCGAGCUAUGGAUGAGGAAAAAGUCAAAGGUUUUGUAGAUACUCUGGUUGCUAAGAACUUAACUGAAGGAAUCAGUCACAUUAUUCAGACUUGUGGUUUAGGAGGUAUGAAGCCCAACACCGUCAUCUUAGGGUGGCCAUAUGGCUGGCGUCAGUCACCUGAUGAAAGAUCAUGGCGUGUAUUCCUGGACACUGUUCGUAAUGUAUCAACUGCAAAAAUGGCCUUACUUGUGCCAAAAGGCAUAAACUUCUAUCCUGAUUCACUGACAAAGGUAUCCGGAACUAUUGAUAUAUGGUGGAUUGUACAUGAUGGUGGUCUCCUAAUGUUGUUACCCUUCCUUCUUCGUCAGCACAAGGUGUGGAAGAACUGUAAGAUGCGCAUCUUUACUGUUGCUCAGCUAGAGGAUAACAGUAUUCAAAUGAAGAAAGAUCUCAAGACAUUCCUCUAUCAUUUGAGAAUUGAUGCUGAAGUAGAUGUUGUUGAAAUGAUGGAUAGUGAUAUUCAGACGUACACUUAUGAGAGAACAUUAAUGAUGGAGCAGAGAACGCAAAUGCUGAAGGAACUGAGAUUGAACCGAAAAGAAAAGUUGAAUAUUUCGGAGCUAGGGUUUGAGACAGCCAAUAUAGAAGACAAACUACCACUGAUAGAGUCACCUUAUCCAGCGGUUCAAGCAAUUGUUGAUCAUCAUCAUCCUAGCAGUGAACAUUCUGCAAGCAAAGUACGCUUCAAGGAAGAGGAGCCCACACUCGACUCAGACACAGAAAAGAGUGAAACUUCAGAGGAUGCUGAGAAGAGAGCUAGUAAAAAUGAGAGCUUCAAGAAACUUUUAACUAUAAAGCCAGAUGAGGCUAAUGUGCGACGUAUGCAUACUGCUGUCAAACUAAAUGAGGUGAUAGUAAACAAGUCCCACAAUUCACAGCUAGUAAUCAUCAAUUUACCUGGUCCACCAAAAACUUCAAGACCAGAAAGUGAGAGUAACUAUAUGGAAUUUUUAGAAGUAUUAACAGAGGGAUUAGAGAGAGUUUUAAUGGUAAGAGGUGGUGGCAGAGAAGUUAUCACAAUAUAUUCAUGAGUCAGUAUUCUGAAUGUAUUAGCCAAUUUGUCUCUCCUGGUAGCCAUCUCGUACUGUUGCACUUGUGAGGAGGAUACUGAAAAGCAGUAUGCUUUGUUGAUUUAAGUGACAUUGAAAGACUGAAGCUACAAAUAAUGUUGAAACUUAUUUUAUUGUACUGUAUGGUUUGUUUUAAUAUUUUUUGUUUACAUGAUGAAGCAUUUAUGGUUAGAGAAAAUCAGAAAAUUCGCCUGUAAAUAACUGGACUUAAAUCUAUGACAUACACAUCAAUUAAUGUAAAAUAACAUGGCAUUUUACCACAAAUGUUAAGAAUUAAACUGAGAUGUCUAGUUAAUAUACUAUAUUUUACUAUGUAUGAUAUUCUUUUAUAAUAAUAUUCAAAUAUUAAGAUACAGAACUUCAUUUUUUGUCCAAAGAGUAUUGUACAGUAUGUAUCAUUCUUUUUUUAUUCACAGAAUACACCUCAGUGAAAAAAUUAAAAAAUUGAAAAAUAAAAUGUUUCUAAUGUAUACAUUUUUGUGAAAAUUAAGAGUAAUUUCUCUUGUUCUUUCAUUAUGAAUAUUAUGACUUCAUUCACAAAAUUAAUUUUGGAUUUUUGCAAUAUAAAAAGUUUGUGAGAUUUUGAAAUUUUACAUAAUUUAAAUGCCAUAUACUCGUAAAUAAUAAUUAAAUUUAAAUCAUGUGGAUAUGAAAUGAUUAUAUAAAGUUAUUUAAAGAUUUGAAAGUUAAUAUCUUGUAAGUUGAGUGUUAAAUAUUAAUUACAAAUAUGUAUAGAUAUAUAUUUUACAGAUAUAUCCAUAUGUAUUUGUAUAUAGUAUAUUAAAUUUAUAUAAACACAUGGUAGAUAUAUGCAUAUGUGAUUAUAGUGGUUAUAUGUGUAUACUGCAUAGUAAUUAUGUAUUUAUAUACAUAUACAGACACUUUGUAAAGGCAUAUGGUCAUAUAUAUACUAUAUGUGUAUGUGUAUAUAUCUCAGAAUGACUCACUUUUGCACUUGUCUAACAGUGCAUCACUACUGUGAUCAGUUUGAUAGGAAUGUGCUCAUUAGAUGAUAAUCCAACUUGAUAGUUUUCUCAAAUGGCUAUUAUCAAAAUUUUAUUUUUAACAUGACCAUAACUGUUCUAGAAAGUAUAAUUCAAGUGUUCCUGCUGCUUGAAAUAUCCAGUGGGCAUUGCUAGGUUCACCAGGGUCCCUACAUUUUAAGAAAGAAUUUUAAUUCAGAAAUAACCUACAAAUACAGAAAAACCUAUGAAUAGUACCAAAUCUUACAGAGCAAAAUUAAUCAGAAAAAUAUUAAAUAGUAUUUCCUAUAUAUGGAUAUACAUACUGUAAUCAACUCCAAAUAUACAUUUUGGCCAGGAUGAGGCACUCUUUCCCAGAAAAUUUAAUUUAUGCCAUGUUUGACAUAUACUACCAAGUUAUUCAUAUGGUUUUAUUUCAAUGUGUCUUUUAAAUGUAAUAUACAGGGAUACAAGUAUGGUCUAUAACAGAAAAAAUAACCAAUUUACCACUUCCAUGUAAUUUUCAUGAGAACAUUUCAAAGCAUGUUUAUAUGCUACUUAAAAUAUAUCAUAAACAGCAAGGCAGUUUGAUACAAUCUAGACAAUACUAGAGUCAUAUUGGUCACAGGUACUGUUAGUCCUUUCGGCAGGCAUCUCAUUGCCAAAAAAAUAUGCAUUUAUUUUUAUCUCCUUUGGAUUUUUAAGUAAUGUUGGUACUAAUUAGUAAUACUGUACGUAUUUAAAUUGUAUGAAGGUUUCAAUCAAUGAUUAAUGAUUGUCUAAAUCUUGAAUGUAUAAUUCCUUAUACAUAAACUGCAAAGGAAUUUAACCAUUCUCAAGUAACUAUACAGUAAUAAAUAAAUCGUGGGCAAUGAUCAAUAGUAAUUAAUAGGUGGAAAGUACAGAAAUAUUUGUCACAAUAUGUAGGACUGUAACACAGCAUCUUGUUUAAAAUUAUUUGUCUUGAAAUCAGCUUCAGAAACAGAUGUUGUGAUAUAGGACCAGUUGUGCUCCAUCUGUUUGUAUAAUGCAACAUUAUGAACAGGUACAAAGUAAACUGCCAAAGUAUGUUUAUGUACAGUAGCUCUUGAGAAAUGUUUCUUUAUUCAACAAAGACUAAGACUUUUUUUUUUAAAUCCUUUUAACUUUUUGAAAUAGAUAAGAAAAUAUGACAGACUUAAUGCACCAAAUCUUAGGGACCCUGUUUUUAUUAAUAGCAUCAGAGACCUAACUUAAAUAAUUUUGCCAUUUUGUUAGAAACCAUUUAAAGUUUCUUGUUUGUUGAAGUUUAAAGUAUAUUUUGAGAAAAAUCAAAGCAAUGUAGAAUGAGAUAUAAGCAGUUAAUGGGCAAAACCUUACAAGUGAUAAUUGUAAUUUACUGACCUAUGAAAUUUGAUGCUCUAUGCCAUUAUUUUGUAUCAAGAUUUUUUUAUUAGCAUGGCUUUGCUUUUGUUAUUUAUACAUUAUUAAUAUUAAGUACAAUGUCAUGGCAGUAAUUUUAGUUUUGAAAGGUUACACAUUAAGAAAUGAAAUAGCUUAUCAGUAUGUUACUUAGUAGAAUGUGUAAUAAAUAUACUCUUUUAAGUUUUUUUUUCUCAUUAGAAAGAUAUAAUUUUUAUAUUUAUAGAAGUACUACAUAUUUAGUAAUAACCACUUGUUUUAAACUAAUAGGAAAGAAUAAGGACUUUCUUUUUUUAAGUAGCCUACUUGAGCACACAACAGUGUCUUUGAUACUCUUGAUUUUAGUUUGAUGAGAUUUGUUGCACAUCAAGUGUCAGUGCAUUUAAUUUUUUUUUAAGCAUUACACAUUUCAGGUGGUUUUUACUUACAGAAAGUAGAGUAUUUUAUAAGCUCUUCAUUCUUAAGUCUCCCCUUAGCCAAUUUAUUAUAAAAGAACCACGAAUUUUGUCAGCAUUAGGAUAUUAAUACUAUUAAAUUGCCAAUAUAUACACCACUCUUCUUGGAGACAGCUAAUUAUGUAUAAACAUGAGAAUUUAAGUUUAAUUACAUCUCCACAUUUUGUAUGUACAGCAUAGGAUUUGGUUUAAUAUUUUUUUAUGGUUUUAUAAUAUGGAAUAGUGUAGCAAUGGCAUAGAGUUUUUUGGGAAAUAAAAAUUUAAUUUCAGUAAGUGAAUACCUCAAAGUGGCUGGCUAGUCUUUUAAAAACUAAUUGUGGUAAUGAUCAAGCUCGUUAAAGAUACAGUAAUUAAUUGUCUCAGAUAGGUUUAUCAAAAACAAUAUCAGUAGUCAAAUUUUAAAUUAAUAUAGUAAAAUACUUAUGUAUUUACUUGUCGCAAUGCAUACUUUCGUUUCAGAUUCUCAAAACAUUUUCAGCAUUCAUUUUAUGUAUAUUUAAAAUAAUCCAGCAACUAUACUUUUUUAUUUGAUGUAGUCUCAAGACUUCAUUAAUAUAUAACUGUAUAAAAGUAAGAUUACUGUUUAGAAACUUUUCUGAAAAAGUUAUGUACUAUACAGCCCAUGAGGAGUUAAGAUUGUAUUUGACCAAGUGAAUUCUUAAUACUAUAAGAAAUCAUUCCAAGAUUCAAAAAUGCUUAAGAAUUGCAAAGUGCAAUCUUCCAACCAUACAUAAGCUAAAGCUUAUAUGUAUGAUUCAGUAAUCCUCAUUUUAGUAUGUAAAUAUUUUUUUUAACAAAAAAGAAAUGGCAACCAAAUUUAUCUUUUUGCAGUUUUUGUACUAAACUUCCAGAAUAGCCAUUUGAGGUAUGAAUGGUAUAAAAUAGUAAAACUACUUUGUUGCAAGUAUAUGGACAAUCAGAAUUCACUACUGUAUUUUGUUUCGGAGUUGUAUCAUGUUAUGAACAUGACUACUGUACAGAUUUUGCAUACUGGUAGUCAAGAAGUCCAGGGAAUAUGCCCAGUGGUAAGAAAACCGUUUUAGUUUUGUACUCAUCCAAGUUGGUAGAAAUAAAUAGUUUAUGUUCAUAGUGUAUUUUGAUGGUUAAUUGUUUGACUGAAUCAAUUGCAAGCUCAAUAUUUCUAAAGAUAAACUUUACAUACUCUUGGUCAUUUCCCUGGAUAUUGCAGUAAUCACUCUCAUAAAUACUUGUACAUUGCUUCCUAUCUACUCUAAUAGAAUCUGCAGUUUGUUUAAAUGCAAGAUUAAUAAUUCAUACACUAAAAAGAAAGAGGAUAGAGAUGAACAUUUACUGACAAUACUGUAUAUGCAUCCCUGAAAGUUGAGUAUUUAUCAGAGAUGAUAACUGAUUUUUUUCUUGUAAAAGUUAUGACUUGUAUAAUGUUGUGAAAACAUUUUUUGGUAAAUUUAGACAAAUUUGAAUGUUUUAGUGUAAGUGCUACUAAAGAAUAUUAAUGUAGCUUAGGAAAAAUAAGAGAGUUGUUAAUUUUUACAUCUUCCAGUCUCUGCAGACGUUUUACACUUAAAAUCAUUUCAAUGACAAGAGUGUCAUACAAAGUGAAAGGAGGAGGUACUGCUUCCAUACUUGUGCUGAAAUGGUGAUUAUGCCUUGAAUGACAACCGGACCAUAAUUUUUAGGGAUAAAAAAUAAUUAAUAUGCCAUUCAAAAUUGCUUUAUUCUUUGUUCCUGUUUCUUGUAUAAUUCAAUAAAUUUAUCUGAUCAGUAUAGGCUACCAAGUAUGAAUAAUUCUUUGAAACUGGCUUUGCUGAUGGAGUUGAUUUAACUGGCAUUAGUUGUCUCAUAAUCAUCAGCUGACAUUUUCAGUACUAAAAAGCUGAAUAUACUUUUUUAAAAGAUGAUAAUUUUUAAACAUGAAGGUGUCUGAAAGUUUGUGAUAUACAGUAAACUUCAACACUACUCUUCACACAUUAGUGUUUAACAUUUCCCAUCCUUUUCACGUAAAGAUUACCAUCUUUUUUGGGAAGGAACAAUAUGUGAAACUGGUAUUUGUAUAAUUAAUAAAGUAGGAUACCAGUUUCAUCCUUUCCACAUUAUUGUUAAGGAUUACAUUUUGUUCCGUUAGCCUUUUAAGGCUAUUGUAUUUGAAAUAUGAGCAGCUGUUAUGGUUGUGUCAAGGCUAGUGUGAGAAUAUUUUGAAAUUUAAAGUAGGGAACAGUUGAAUCAGUGUUAUUUACAAGAGUUUCCAGUAAUGUAACAGGAGUCACUCAUGAUGAGAUAUGCUUAAGAGAUAAUAUUUACAAGGUUAUGUAAUAUUCACCAUCUCAUCUGGUGGAAAUUCUACACAUUAUAAAAGAAAUAACUAUCAAACUUGGUUUUUGGCAUUUGUAUAACAGAAUACAAUAUAAAAAAUAAUUAUACGUACAUCACAAAUUUAGGAAUUUGUAAUACAAUAAAGCAGUGCUUAAUUUCUCUUAAAUGGAACUUAAACAAGGCAUGUAAAUAGCAGUAAAAAUAAGGCUUAUGUAUUUUACAUAGCCUGUAAACAUUGCAGAGUCUAAACAAUGCUCACAUCCUUCACUUGAUGAGAUGAAAGGUUCAUUAAUACUAUUAGUGGUAUUUAUAAGUUUGAACGAGUCCCUAUUUUACAUAGCAGCAGAUAUUUUUAGAUACCAAAAAAAAGGUUAGCUAAAAACGAUCUUUAUCCUUAAUCAUUGUAUUUAUCUACAUUUCAUAUCCAUAACUCAAUUCAUCAUUGUUUAUCACUUAAUCUAGUCUAGGAAAUAGCUUUUUGCUAUGUACAGUUUAGGAAUUUAAAAAAUUACAAACUUUGCCAAAUUCUUGGCAUGGCUCUGAAAAGUUUAUUUUUGUAUGGGUGCUUGUGAGCUGAAGUGUUAUAAAGCAGGAAUGCAUAAAUAUUUUCCAACUAAUAAUUCCACUUGUACCAUAUAUUUUACUUUCUUUGCAUCUUAUGUAAGAAACAAUAUAUUAUACAAUUUUGUACAAUUUAUACACAAGCAACUUGAAAAUUAAGUAGUAAGCGAUGCUUCAAACAACUUACAUAAAACUUUGGGCUAGGUGAUAUUUCUAUCUAUAUAUCCAGUGUUAUAAUUUAACGACAAAUCUCUGAAAGUAUCAGUUGACAAGUAAAAUAAUACUUCUUUCA